AUGGCGCCCAAGAAGAAGGGAGGCAGAAAGCAAGAGGAGGACUGGGAGGCCGAUCUCGGCGAGUCGGCCCCGGCUGUCGAUGCUCCCACCGAAGAGCCCGAGAACGGCGAUGGGAAUGAGGAGGAGGCCCCCGCCGGUGGCCUGAUGGCUGCUCUUCGCAAGAACAAGGCCAAGAAGGCUAAGAAGGGCAAGCAAACCAAUGACUUUGUGGAGGGCGAAGAUGCUGAAGUCGCCCCCGCUGCCAGCAAGGAGCCCGAGGAGGGUACUUUCGAUGAGGAUGACGUCUUUGCUGGAAAGCCCAAGAAGCAGGUGAAGGAGGUUGCUGCUACCCCGGCCGCAGGUGAGCCCGAGGAGGGCGAAUUCCGUGUGAAGUCGAAGAAGGAGAAGGAGCGUGAGAAGAAGGAGCGCGAGAAGGCCCGUAAGAAGGAACAGGCCGCCUCAAAGAAGAAGAUUACUCCUGCCCAACAGAAGGCUGAAGAGGCAAAGGCUGCCGCCGACGCCAAGAAGGAAGCGGAUGCUGCUGCUGCCGCUGCUGCUUCAGAGCCCGCUGGUAAGGGCCGAAAACUGCCUAAGCACCUGGCAGCCCUGCAAAAGCAACAGGAGAUUCUCCGUCAACAGCGCGAGGAGGAGGAACGCAUUGCGGCCGAGGAUAAGGCGGCCCAAGAAGCCGCCCAGAAGCUGGAGGAGGAGGAAGAAAAGAAGCGUGAGGCUGCUCGUGCUAUUAAGAAGGAGAAGGAGCGCGAGAGGAAGGAACAGCUCCGCAAGGAGGGCAAGCUUCUCACCAAGGCUCAAAGGGAGGCCCAGCAAAAGACUGAGAUGCGCAUGAAGCAGAUGCUUGCAUCUGGUGUUUCAGUCGCGGGUCUGCAGGAGGGCGGUGCUGAGAAGAAGCGUCCUGUCUACAACAACAAGAAGAAGGGCGGUAAGAAGCAAGAGGAAGAUCUUGAGCGUGAGGCUGAGGACGCUCGCCGCAAAAAGGAGGCCGAAGAAAAGGCCAAGGCCGAAGCUGCCGCUGCCGCUGCCGCUGCCGCCGCUCCUGCUGAGGACAGCAAUGCUGUGGAUGACUGGGAGAAGGCUGCCGCUGAAGAUGAUGAUGUGAAGGAUAGCUGGGAUGCUUCCAGUGACGAAGAAGAGGGCGACAAGAAGGACGCUCCCAAGGCCGAGGAACCCAAGGAGGAAGAUUCCGAGGAAGAUUCCGAGGAGGAUUCUGACGAUGACUCUUCUGAUGAGGACUCCUCGGAAGAUGAGGAGCAAAGUGCCAACCAGAGAGCCAUCGCACAGAGGAAGGCCGAGGCCGCAGAGCGCAGAAAGAGGCUGCACGAAGAGGCCCUGGCUGCCCGCUCAAAGGAUAACCUGCGCUCGCCUAUCUGCUGUAUUCUUGGCCACGUCGAUACCGGAAAGACCAAGCUGCUGGACAAGAUUCGCCAAACCAACGUGCAAGAAGGCGAAGCGGGCGGAAUCACCCAGCAGAUCGGUGCUACGUAUUUCCCCGUUGAUGCUCUGAAGCAGAAGACCAACGUUGUCAACAAGGAUGGCAAGUUCGAAUUUAAGGUGCCCGGUCUGCUGAUUAUCGAUACCCCUGGUCACGAGUCCUUCUCCAACCUGCGUUCGCGAGGUUCCUCGCUCUGUAACAUUGCCAUUCUGGUCGUCGAUAUCAUGCACGGACUUGAGCCCCAAACUCUCGAAUCCAUGCGUCUGCUACGUGACCGCAAGACUCCUUUCAUCGUCGCACUGAACAAGAUCGAUCGUCUGUACGGCUGGAAGAAGAUUGACAACAACGGUUUCGAGGACAGUCUGGCUAUGCAGAACAAGGGCGUUCAGAACGAGUUCCGCACUCGUCUGGAGGCCACUAAGCUGGCUUUCGCCGAGCAGGGUUUCAACUCCGAGCUAUUCUUCGAGAACAAGAGCUUGGCGCGUAAUGUUUCGCUUGUCCCGACAUCCGCCCAUACUGGAGAGGGUGUUCCUGACAUGCUGAAGCUUCUGACUUCCCUGUCUCAGGAGCGUAUGACCAACUCGCUGAUGUACCUGUCAGAAGUUGAGUGUACUGUUCUGGAAGUGAAGGUUAUCGAGGGUCUCGGUACCACCAUUGACGUGGUCCUGUCCAACGGUAUCCUGCGCGAGGGUGAUCGUGUGGUUCUUUGCGGUACCAAUGGGCCUAUCACCACAAAUAUCCGUGCAUUGUUGACUCCCGCACCGCUCAAGGAACUGCGCUUGAAGUCGCAGUAUGUCCACAACAAGGAGGUCAAGGCCGCCCUUGGUGUUAAGAUUGCUGCAAACGACCUUGAACACGCCAUUGCUGGUUCUCGCCUGAUGGUCGUCGGUCCCGAUGAUGACGAGGAGGACCUUGAGGACGAAGUCAUGUCCGAUCUGGAGGCCCUGCUCAGCAAGGUCGCCACCGAUAACCGUGGUGUCACUGUUCAGGCUUCCACCCUUGGUUCCCUCGAGGCUCUUCUGGAGUUCCUGCGCGUCUCCAAGAUUCCCGUAGCCAACAUUUCCAUUGGUCCUGUCUACAAGCGUGACGUGAUGAUGGCAGGAACCAUGCUGGAGAAGGCUAAGGAAUACGCUGUCAUGCUUUGCUUCGAUGUCAAGGUUGACAAGGAUGCCGCCGCCUACGCCCAAGAUGUCGGUGUCAAGAUCUUCACUGCCGAUAUUAUCUAUCAUCUCUUCGAUAACUUCACCGCCCACAUGGCCGAGCUAGCCGAAAAGCGCAAGGAGGAGAGCAAGUUGCACGCUGUUUUCCCCUGUAUCAUUCGCCCUGUUGCUGUCUUCAACAAGACGGACCCUAUUGUCAUCGGUAUCGAUGUCAUUGAGGGCAGCCUGCGUCUCCACACCCCUCUCGCGGCCGUGCGAACCAACGCGAGCGGCGUCAAAGAAAUUGUUAAACUUGGCAGAGUGACAUCGCUCGAGCGUGACCACAAGGCCAUCCCUAUCUGUAAGAAGGGCCAACCUUCCGUUGCUAUCAAGAUCGAGGGUGCGAACCAGCCCAUGUACGGCCGUCACCUCGAAGAGACUGACACUCUGUACUCGGCCAUCUCGCGACGGAGUAUCGAUACUCUGAAGGAGUUCUACCGUGCCGACGUCACCAUGGAGGAGUGGGGAUUGGUUAAGAAGCUCAAGCCUCUCUUCGACAUCCCCUGA